UCUGUUGAUAACUUUGGGUCCUAUUACGUGGCCUGCUUGGGGGUCCCGUGGAGGAGGUUCAUGGGCUCUUGAGUUCCUCCCAGCCCUGCACCCCUCACCCCUGAUUCUGUAGUGCCUUCUGGGAGGAGGUGGCGAACCCACAGACCUCAAUGUCUCAGACCCAACUGCAGAGUGACCUCCUUUCUCACUCGGACCUAGAAGGCCUGCAUCAUACACAGCGUUCCCCUCCACCACAGGGAGGUUCUGCGGUGGCUAUGCCUGCAACUCCCCUGCAGACACAUACACCCGCCCAACCUCCCCUACCCACUCCUUCCCCUCCCCAGAACAUUCUGAAGCUCCACCCUUCCCCCCACCGUCUGCUGAGGGACCCUGGAUAGAUUAGGCCCCAGGUCCUUCCAAAGCUGGACACAGACAUUCUUAGCUUCCGCACCCUGGGCUGGCACGGAGACUUCUGGAGGAGCUGUUGGAGCCUGGGGCUUUGUGGGGUGUAUAGGAGUUCAGUUGUGACAUAGGGACAAAUAGAAAGAAGGCAUUGGAGGCUAAACACCCUCUUGGGCAAAAGCCUUAGAUUUUCAGUAAAUGCCAGGCGGGCUAAACAAUUUGAGUAACAACGGAUAACCUGUGAGUGAACAAGUGGGGAAACUGAGGCACGGGAGCACUAGAGAUGAUUCUGAGGUCCCACGGUAGGGCCAGGGGUCGAGCCCCUUGUCUUCCGAUCCAAGGCUCUCUCCGGCUCACAUAUCACCACCAACACCGCCCAGUGAGCCCCAGGCGCUGGAUGUGAGGGCUCUCGGCGAGGCCAGCGCGGAACUACAUUUCCCAGGCGGCCGCGGCGGGCGCGCCUGCGCAAUGCGCGCGGUGAUGGAGCGCUAACCGGGGGCGCGGCGGCGGCGAGGGCUCGGCUGGCCAUUGGCUACUGGCCGCGGCAAAGGCAGCUUGGGGACCCAGCGUGCGCGGGGCCCGCGGGCCGGGCCGGGGUGACCUGGGCUGCAGCCAUGGAAGAACAGAGGGAGGCCCUGAGGAAGAUCAUCAAAACACUGGCUGUGAAGAAUGAGGAAAUUCAGAGCUUUAUCUACUCCCUGAAACAGAUGCUGCUGAACGUGGAGGCGAACUCAGUGAAGGUGCAGGAGGACCUCGAAGCAGAGUUCCAGUCCCUCUUCUCCGUCCUGGAGGAGCUGAAAGAAGGCAUGCUUAUGAAGAUAAAACAGGACCGUGCCAGCCGCACCUACGAGCUGCAGAACCAGCUGGCUGCCUGCACACGGGCCCUGGAGAGCUCUGAGGAGCUUCUGGAGACAGCCAACCAGACUCUGCAGGCCAUGGACAGCGAGGACUUUCCUCAGGCUGCCAAGCAAAUCAAAGAUGGAGUGACCAUGGCCCCUGCCUUCCGGCUAUCAUUGAAAGCGAAGGUCAGUGACAACAUGAGUCACCUCAUGGUGGACUUCGCACAAGAGCGGCAGAUGCUACAGGCACUCAAGUUCCUGCCUGUGCCCAGCGCACCCGUGAUCGACCUGGCUGAGUCCCUGGUGGCAGAUAACUGUGUGACCCUGGUGUGGCGCAUGCCAGAUGAGGACAGCAAGAUUGACCACUACGUGCUGGAGUACCGGCGGACCAACUUCGAAGGCCCGCCCCGCCUCAAGGAGGACCAGCCCUGGAUGGUCAUCGAGGGCAUCCGGCAGACAGAGUACACCCUGACAGGUCUCAAGUUUGACAUGAAAUACAUGAACUUCCGUGUGAAGGCCUGUAACAAGGCAGUUGCAGGAGAGUUCUCUGAGCCGAUGACUGUGGAGACACCAGCGUUCAUGUUCCGCCUGGAUGCGUCCACAUCCCACCAGAACCUGCGGGUGGAUGAUCUCUCCGUGGAGUGGGACGCUAUGGGCGGGAAGGUUCAGGAUAUCAAGGCUCGCGAGAAAGAUGGCAAGGGGCGGACGGCGUCUCCCAUCAACUCCCCAGCCAGAGGUACUCCAUCUCCCAAGAGGAUGCCCUCAGGUCGUGGGGGACGGGACCGCUUCACCGCUGAGUCCUACACAGUUCUGGGGGACACGCUGAUCGACGGCGGGGAGCAUUACUGGGAGGUGCGCUACGAGCCGGACAGCAAGGCGUUCGGCGUGGGCGUGGCCUACCGCAGCCUGGGCCGCUUCGAGCAACUGGGCAAGACGGCCGCCUCCUGGUGCCUGCACGUCAACAAUUGGCUGCAGGUCAGCUUCACGGCCAAGCACGCCAACAAGGUCAAGGUGCUGGAUGCCCCCGUGCCCGACUGCCUGGGUGUGCACUGUGACUUCCACCAAGGCCUCCUGUCCUUCUACAAUGCCCGCACCAAACAAGUGCUGCACACUUUCAAGACCAGGUUCACACAGCCACUGCUGCCUGCUUUCACGGUAUGGUGUGGCAGCUUCCAGGUGACAACAGGCCUGCAGGUUCCCAGUGCUGUGCGCUGCCUGCAAAAGCGAGGCAGUGCUACCAGCAGCUCCAACACCAGCCUCACCUAGGCUCCCAGGCACCCACCCAGCUGGGGUGUUUUUAGGGGAGCUGCCGCCAGGCCCAGGCUGCUGGAGCCAGGCACCCUCCUCUGUCACUUGCUGCUUGGAGCCUUAACUCCAGAUGCGGGGGUCACCAAGAGGGAGUGGGCACCCUGGCGGGCCCUCUCCCCACCUCACCUCUUUAAUAAAGGUCAGACACUGGCCAGGC